CGCAGAAGUAUGCAGGUUUCCUCACGAUGUUUUCCUUCACCGAAAAGCAACUGGUAAGUAUCAAUGAUAUUUCGUACAUAAGCUCCGAAAAGUUAGAAACUAGGUUUGAACCCGAGGCCUCCGGAUUGAAAGUCUAGCGUACUACUGCCACGCCACUAGUGCUCGACAAAAAGUACAUUUUAUAAUUACUAAGUGUUUUAAAACGCUGAUGAUGUAAUUAGCAAGCAGUCUUAAAGUAACCAAGUCCACUCUGUAUCCAAUAAAUCAAUCUGUUUGCAAUUCAUAUUGAAACUCCUUUACAUCGGAAACAUACUGGCCACUUUAGACUACAUACUGAUUCCGUAUUUGAUUAGAUUAAUGACAACUACAUUCUAUUAUGUGCUGUUUUCCUGCGAUAAUGCAAUAUUAUUUUAUGGUUAUGUGAAAUAGUUAACAUAAAUUAUGAAUCCCGGACCGAGUAGUGGAGAGCAUACACAGCAGGAACUGGUAUUUAUAGAGAGCCAGAGAGGAGGUAAAUCGCUAUUACAUGACGGCUAUAGAUACAAUUUGAAUAAAACUAAUAAAGACAGCACUACACUAUGGCGUUGCGUAAACCGUGCCGACUGUAGUGCAUCUAUAAAAUUAGGCCCGCAGCGAAACAAUGUGAGGACACCCCCAACUCCACAUUCCUGCCGAAGAAACAAAUUUAGAAAUGAAGUAGAUUUGAUAAUUGAUUCCUGUAAAAAAGAAGUAUGUAAGAAUUAUGCCCCCGUUAAACAGAUUUUUGAAGAACAAAUAACUAAAUUGAAUUUACAUGAAAAGUCAGGCAAACAGUUUUUCGGAGACUCCACCUUCAAAAGAGUUCCCAAACCCUUCAAACAACUUUUCACGUUACAAUUGGAUAUUGGAAGUAACGAAAACCAUACGAAUAUUGUUCCAGUUGUCUAUGCCCUCCUCCCUGACAAAACAAAAAGAACAUAUAUCAGAUUGUUUGAGGCACUUAAGAGAAUAAGGACUCUUAAAAGAGAAUUAUCGCUUGACAUAGACUUUUUCAAAUGUGACUACGAAGUAGGCCAAUACAAAGCGUUCAGAAUGGUAUUCCCUCAAGCUAAGUUGACUGGAUGCUACUUCCAUUUUAACAAAAAUGUAUGGGAUAAGGGUGAAGAAAUGAAUCUCACAUCAACAAAGGAAGGACGCCACGCUGUCAGAUUGACCGCGAAUUUACCAUUGAUUCCCACCGCUUGUAUAGCCGACGCUUGGAUUAAUAUUAUACAAAUAACACCUGAUACGGACGAAAUGCGGGAUUUCCAUUGUGCCGCCUCCUUCCACGCGACGACGCGAAUUCGCGUCCUCGGUAUCACGUUUAGGCAUAGACAGGACGCGAAUUCGCGUCUUCGGCACUGA